CAGAAUGGGUGAAAUCUUUUAACCUGUCCAUGACGUAUAGAGUAGACUCUGAUAUCUUCACACCGUACUCCAGACUUGCCUUCAAGCCUCAGCCGUUAAAUGAGAGACCAAACUACAGGGAAAUAGCUCGGAACAAAACAAGAUCAGUGAUGUGGUUGAGUGGCCAUUGUCUGGUGGAGUCAAAGAGAUACGAAUACAUCAAGGAAAUGAAGAAAUACAUAGACGUCGAUGUUCGAGGCGCAUGUGGAAAAUAUUGCGAUGAAGAACCGCCUUGCAUGGAGUCACUGACUCCCACCUACAAAUUCUAUCUAUCGUUCGAGAACUCUCUCUGUCAAGAUUACGUCACGGAGAAAUUUUUCAAACUUUUCAGGAAAGGCACCCAUGUCGUCCCAGUUGUGAGAGGGAAAGUCGACUACGAGAAAUAUUUUCCGGAGAACACUUUCAUUAACGCGGCCAAUUUUAGAACGGCCAAAGAUUUGGCUUUAUUCCUGCUAAAAUUGGGCUCAGAUAUUGAGAGUUACAGCAAGUAUUUAGAACACAUAGAUCUCUAUAGAGAAACAGACGACUAUUUUAAAUCAGCAGGCUGUACCUUAUGUAAAGCUCUAAACACUAAGAAAAUUGAACCCAAAGUGUACAACGUGAGAGAGUGGUUUGUAGGUGGAAGUCAAUGCGAUCAAGAUCCCAAAGAUAUAUAUUAAUUUUUUCUUUAUUUUUCUUUUCAGAUUUCGCUG